AUGGCGUCCUCUGUUGUGCCUGCAUCUUGGCAGAACAAAUUGGGAGGCUCCAGCAAGAAUCUGCCGAAUGCACUGAACCUGGACUUGGUUCGAAACAUCGUAUUCCUCCUCUUCAUCCUGCGAUGUUCACGUAAGACCUUCUACUCGUUGCGCGGCUACGGCAUCAUUGGCAGCAUUCGUAACAUCUACGCUGCCAUCCGCCUCUGGUUGUUCUCGAUGGUCCUGCGCGCUCCUGUUGUCCGCAGCCAGGUAGACAAGCAAGUCGUGACGGCUCUCAGCAAACUCGAAGACAAGCUCGUUCCGAAGGGUCCUGAGGUUACCAAGUAUUUGACUCUUCCAAAGGAAGGAUGGACGCCAGAACAGAUUCGCACCGAGCUCGACAAGCUGGCUAGUAUGGAACACACGAGGUGGGAAGAUGGACGUGUCAGCGGUGCUGUAUACCACGGAGGCGAGGACCUGCUAAAGAUACAGACGGAGGCCUUUGGAAAAUUCGGCGUUGCUAAUCCCAUCCAUCCGGAUGUCUUCCCUGGCGUGCGAAAGAUGGAGGCUGAAAUCGUUGCUAUGGUCCUCGCGUUGUUCAAUGGUCCCCCGGAUGGGGCUGGGGUGACCACGAGUGGUGGUACGGAAUCAAUCAUUAUGGCCUGUUUCGCAGCGCGCCAGAAGGCUUACGCUGAGCGCGGUGUAACGGAGCCAGAAAUGAUCAUUCCUGAUACCGCGCAUGCUGCUUUCUAUAAAGCUUCCCAGUACUUUGGUAUCAAGCUUCAUCGUGUGCCAUGCCCGGCACCAGAAUACAAGGUUCAUAUUCCCUCCGUUCGUCGUCUGAUUAAUCGAAAUACUGUCUUGUUGGUCGGUUCCGCACCCAACUUUCCGCAUGGUAUCGUUGAUGAUAUCCCGGCUCUGUCCCGGCUGGCAGUCACUUACAAGAUUCCCCUUCACGUCGACUGCUGCCUGGGGUCUUUUGUCAUUGCUUUCCUCAAGAAAGCGGGUUAUCCGUCUCCGUAUGAAGAUGAGGGAGGGUUCGACUUCCGCCUCCCGGGUGUGACCAGCAUCAGUGUAGAUACCCACAAGUAUGGCUUUGCACCAAAGGGCAACUCCGUCCUUCUGUAUCGCAAUCGAUUGUACCGAAGCUACCAAUACUUCAUCUACCCAGAUUGGUCCGGUGGCGUCUAUGCAUCGCCUUCAGUCGCCGGGUCGCGGCCGGGCUCUUUGAUUGCCGGAUGCUGGGCCAGUCUGAUGAGUGUGGGAGAAUCCGGCUACAUCUCCAGCUGCCAUGAAAUCGUUGGCGCCGCCAAAAAGUUCGAAUCCUCAAUCCGUGAAGACCCAUUGCUGUCAGCAAAUCUUGAGGUUAUUGGACAUCCAAUGGUCAGCGUGGUUGCCUUUGCCAGCAAGAACGGAGGCAUUGAUACAUAUGACAUUGCCGACGCGAUGUCGGCUCGAGGGUGGCAUCUAAAUGCUCUCCAAUCACCUCCUGCCAUUCACUGUGCAUUCACGAAACCCACUGCUGCUGCAGUGGAUAAGCUCACUAGCGAUCUGAUUGAAGUGGUUGGGGAGGAGCUGCAAAAGGCAGAGGAGAGACAGGCACAAGGCAAAUCAUUCCUGCGACAGCGUGGCGACACCGCCGCAUUGUACGGCAUAGCCGGAAGCUUACCUGACAAGAGUAUUGUCAGUCGAUUGGCAGAAGGUUUCCUGGACACGCUUUACAAAGCAUGA